UGUACAAGCAUUUUCCAUCGAACCCUCCAUCCCCAUGGCGGGUGGUUCAUUCGACGAGACGCCGCCAACGCCAAAUCCCGGCGCGAACCAAAAAGCGCGGGAAAAAUUUCCCCGCACCCGCGCCAUCUCCACCUAUAAAGAUCUCGCCGCCGCAGCCGCCUUCUCCUCUACACUACUAGUCCUCUUCACCCCGCCGCUUCCACCAGAUGGGCCGCAAGAGGAGGGCUAGGGUUUCCCGCGACGGCGACGGCGAGGAGGAGGAGGAGCCCGCGCCGGUCGCCGCAGAGAGCAAGAGCCUCUACGAGAUCUUAGGGGUUGAGAGGACAGCUUCACAGCAGGAAAUAAAGAAGGCUUAUCACAAGUUGGCCUUACGUCUUCAUCCAGACAAGAAUCCUGGAGAUGAGGAAGCCAAGGAGAAAUUUCAGCAGCUUCAGAAGGUGAUAUCUAUUCUUGGGGAUGAGGAGAAAAGGGCAUUAUAUGAUGAGACUGGAAUUGCUGAUGAUGAUGCACUGGUUGGAGAAGCUGCAGACAAUCUUCAAGAGUACUUCAGAGCUGUUUACAAAAAGGUUACUGAGGCUGAUAUUGAAGAAUUUGAAGCUAAGUACAGAGGGUCAGAUUCUGAAAAAAAGGACUUGAAGGAUCUAUAUACAAAAUUUAAAGGCAACAUGAACAGGCUUUUUUGUUCAAUGAUUUGCUCAGAUCCAAAGCUUGAUUCCCAUCGCUUUAAAGAUAUAAUUGAUGAGGCAAUUGCUGAAGGUGAGCUGAAGUCAACAAAAGCAUAUGAUAAAUGGGCCAAGAAGAUCUCCGAGAUUGAACCUCCCACAAACCCAUUAGAGAGAAGAGUGAAGAAGAACAAGAAGAAGAGCGAGGAGAACGAUCUGAUCCUCGCGAUCUCACAGCGCAGGGCGCAGCGGAAGGACCGGUUCGACUCGGUGCUCUCAUCCAUCAUGUCCAAAUGUGACCCAAAGGGGAGCAGCAGCUCGGAGCCCACGGAAGAGGAGUUUGAGCAAGCUCGUCAGAGGCUCGAGAAAAAGCGUUCCAAGAACCGCAAAUGGGAAUUUCUGUGUUUCUGGUGAGUUUCAGGUGUCGAUAGCGAAUUCUGUCUUGCUACCGCUCAAGCUCCAAUUUUCUGUUUUUCAGGUGCGCUGUUUGUGAUUUUGAAUCCGACGCCUAAUCUUAAGAUGCUUGGGCUUCUACAGGGUUUUGCCGCUGGACUUAUGUUGAGCAUUUCCUUUCUAGAUUUGGCACACAAUGCAUUGAAUUCUAUUGGUUUCUUGAAGGGCAACCUUUGGUUUUUUGCUGGAGUUCUUUUCUUUGGUUUGGUUGUCAAGUUUAUUCCAGAGCCAACUGUUGUGCCAACAGCUGAUGCAGGCAAGAAGCAGACUGACGAUGAUGGUUCGGGUAAAGAUAUGAUGAAAAAACAUCGUCGGCAAGUAUUAUUCAGUGGGAUCAUUACUGCUGUUGGAAUCAGCUUGCAUAACUUUCCGGAGGGGAUGGCAGUAUUUUUGGGAUCCAUGAAGGGCCUUCGUGUGGGACUGAACUUGGCUAUUGCUAUUGCUUUACACAAUAUACCAGAGGGGGUUGCUGUAGCUCUACCACUCUAUUUUGCUACCAACAGCAAAUGGCAAGCAUUUAAAGUUGCAACCCUCUCUGGUUUCGCUGAGCCACUAGGAGUGAUCAUUGUUGCUUACUUGUUUCCGAGCAGCUUAAAUCCUGAAGUUCUUGAAGGCCUACUUGGUUCAGUUGGUGGGGUUAUGGCCUUCCUCACUUUGCAUGAAAUGUUACCUCUAGCAUUUGACUAUGCUGGUCAAAAACAGGCUGUCAAAGCAGUCUUUGUUGGCAUGGCCUUCAUGUCUGCAAGCUUGUAUUUCUUGGAGAUCAGCCUGCCAAAGGAAGUGAGCUUGUAGCACAUGACUAUCCAUACAAGCUUGUCACACUAUCCUCUGAACUGAAGCGGAGAACUUAGGAGAGAUGUUAACUUUCUGAGCACUGCCAGGCAGGGAUGUGGGGAUAUAUGGUUCGCCAUUUAUCAAACGGAAACAAGGAUUUGUGACUUAGAUUCGCGCGUUGGCCAUGUGUAUGCUAUCACAGCUGGUCAUUGUAUUUGACCAUUUUACAGUGAAGAUGAACAGUCUGGGAUGGGUGGCAAAACACCACCCAGAAUCAGAAUGUAACCUCCGCUUGUUGGGGAGGAAUAGGACACAACUUGAACUAGCAGACUGAUCAGAUCAGUCCUUUAACUUGACCAGUGUACAUUGGUUGAAGGCACUGUGAGAAAAAUAAAAAUAAAAAUGCUUCGUUUUCACUGUCAA